UGAUAAUAAUAAUAAUUCCAAUUCAAAUCAUCAACAACAACAUCAUAUAUCAAAAUCAUUAUCAUCAUUUAUAACACGUCAUUGUUCAAAUGAUAUUAUACCGAUAAAUAGUUGGAAAUUUCAGAUAAAACCAAUGUCAGCAUUAGAUUUAUAUGAUAAUGAUCAUAUGAUUUCAAGUCCAAAAAGUUCAGAUGAUUUAAAACAUCAAUUAUGGUUACAACGACGAAUGAAUCGUUCGCUUGAUGAAUCGCUUGAAAAACUUUGUGAACAACCAUCAUCAUCAUCGUUAAUACGAUCACCAUUAUCACCACCAUCCAAAUAUAAUGAAUUAAUUGUUAAACGUACACAAAGUAAAUUACGUGGUAUUAGUAUGCAAUCAGUACGUAAAGAGAUUGAAAUUCAUUCAAAAAUUAUUGCACAAUCAUCAACAACAACAACAACAACAACAACAUCGAAUUUAAUACAAUCAUCAUCAUCGAUAAUAUCGUUGGCCAAAUUACGACAAUCAAUAUCAUUUUUGAAAGCAAAUUCAUCAAGUUUAUUGAAAACAAAUUCUUCAUCAUCAUCGACAAAUUCAUCAAAUUCAUCAAAUUUAUCAUCAUCAUCAUUAACAUUGAUGAAAAAUAAAUUAAGUAAACAUCGUUUUAAAAGUCCACGUCAUCAAUUAAAUGGUUCAUUAGUUGUUAUUAAUGUUGCGGAAGAAUUGGAUGAUAAUCAAAAGAAAUAA